AUGGUCUCAGUUCAGAGCUGCAGCAGGAGGAAUAUGGCUGGCUCUCCUCCUGCUUUACCGGGCUUUGGGAACUCUGGAAAGAGUUUUCUUAUUGACAAUCUGCUGCAGUCACCUUCAGCUCGUCCAGAGGGGACGGCAGGUGGACACCUGAGACGAGCUGCAUGUGAACGUCCGAGGAGAAUCUGGGGCUCUGAGCAUGGAGUCUACCAAAGUCAGGCCCACAGUCCUCAGCACGGGAAAGAUUUGGGGGGACCACUUCUGCCACACUCAGGUGUACUGAGUAGUGUUUUCCUGCGGAGCCCACAGUAUCUGCUGGCAUGCUGCGGUGGGUCCAGCCCCCCUCCUGUCUUCUCCAAGGGAGCAAAUAUUCGAAUGUGGUCUGCUGAUAUAAGUCCAAAGUCACGCAGAGGGAUCCUUAGGAGGGCUGUGUUCUCUGAAGAACAACGGAAGGAGCUGGAGAGAACUUUUCGGAGGCAGAAAUAUAUCAGCAAGACAGACCGGAACAAACUAGCAGCUGAUCUCAGUCUCAAAGAGUCACAGGUAAAGAUCUGGUUUCAGAACCGCCGAAUGAAGUGGAGGAACUGUAAGGAAAAGGAGGUUCAUAACACUCGCUCCCCUAUGGAUGAGCUCAUGGCCCGAGGUCUUGCUCAAGAAGAGGAAGAGCCAUCACAGAAUCACUCUGACGCAAAAACAGAGAGAUCACCAUCACAGAAGAGUGUCAGGGACACAUGAGAGGCUGUAUUAAGUUGAAAGUAAACCAAGGACUUUCUCAAAUACACAAAAACCUGUAAAAAGGCUAUAAUACUAGGAGUGUGAUAAGAAAUGGAUGGAUGGAAUGCACUGUCUGUGAAGGCUAACACUGAUAAUAAUAACUUUUUGAUGCAUGUAGAUGUCAUAUUGCAUCAUAUAUGUAAUUAGGUUCAA